GUCAUUUGUUUAAUUCAGGUCCAGAAUUUCAUGAUGUUUUGCGAAUUUUUCAUCGAGAAAGCACCGAAUUUGAGAAAAAUACGUUUGCGCACGCGUUACAACUCCGAAGCAGAAGAGCACCUUAAGCAAUUACAAUUGAGCAUGGAAAAAUUCGGCGUGGAGCUGGUUGUUCAAUUCGAUGAUGACUUGCAUGAUCGCGAAUUCAGGCACAUGUUCAUUUUCAGGUUUGACAACGGCUGGCUAGUGAAAAUUGGACGUGGUCUAAGUUAUUUUCAAAAAACUGAAAGUUUUUCAAUUGGAAAAUUCAACACGAAUUUACGAAAAUGCCUGGAAACAUCUGUUGAUAUUUUCCGUAUGGAACUACAGCGUUGA